UCCGAUAUUCCAUCAUCAGAGUUGACUCAUUGUUAGUGACGACACAACCACCAAACUGUAUAAAAAAGGGGAAGCAGUGGUGAUAUCUUAUCAAAGGAACUUCUUGGACUCAACAACAGGACAUUUCUGCUUUCCUGAGUGAAAAUGGUAUUUUAUAAAGUGACAGUGUCCACUGUCGCUGCUGUCAGUGCCACAACUUUUAACAAUGUCUUCAUUAAGCUGGUGGGCACAGAUGGGGAGAGCGAACGCAAGUGGCUCAUAGGCUUCAAAGGAGCUUCAGCCUUCGUGAGCGGAGCGGUGUCUACUUUUACCGUGUCCUGCCCCGUCUCCAUUGGAAAGCUGGUUCUGAUAGAGCUAGACAAACAGCGUCUCCCACUGUUUCCCGAAGAUUCCUGGUUCCCUGCCAAGGUGGAAGUGAAAUCCCCAGAGGGAGACACCUACAACUUUCCCAUCUACCGCUGGAUCACUGACAGCGAGGUGCACCGCUUCAGAGAGGGAACAGCUCUGAGAGUCUUUGAAGACAAACAUCAUCUUGGCAGGUACAGUCGGGAGCAGGAGCUUAAGCAGCGAGAGGAAGACUAUCGCUGGGAUGUGUAUGUAGAGGGAAUACCUCACAACAUAAAGGCAGAAAAUCCUCUUUCUCUGCCUUGUGAGGUCCGUUUCUCCUUCACCAAGACGACAGAGUUUGCCUUCACUGCAGCCACAGGGCUGAGUGAGCUGCAACUGAAGGGGCUGGAUGAUUGCAAGGAGAACUGGACUGAUAUUGAUGCCAUUAAUCGGGUGUUCUGCUGCAAACGGACUGCUAUAUCAGACUAUGUCCAGGAACAUUGGAAUGAGGAUGCUUUUUUUGGCUACCAGUUUCUAAAUGGUGUCAACCCCAUGUUGAUCCGACGUUGUUCAGCCCUGCCUGAUAACUUUCCUGUCACUGAUGAUAUGGUCUUCCUCCAUGGUCAAUGUAGCUUGGAGGAUGAAAUGAAGAAAGGCAACAUAUUCCUGUGUGACUACAAGCGGUUGGAUGGAGUGAAAGCAAACACCAUCAAUGGAAAGAAGCAGUACUUGAUGGCUCCUCUCGUCCUGCUCCACAAAACACCAGAUGAUGAGCUGAUGCCAAUUGCUAUUCAGCUGAAGCAGACUCCAGCAGAGGACAAUCCCAUCUUCUUUCCUACUGAUUCUGAGUACGACUGGUUGACGGCCAAGAUUUUUGUGAGAAGUGCAGACUUCAGUGAGCAUCAACUUAAUGUUCACCUGCUGCGCACUCACCUGCUGGCUGAAGUGUUUGCAGUCUCACUGCUGCGCAACAUUCCCAUGGUGCAUCCACUGUACAAGCUCUUCAUUCCCCACACUCGCUACACUCUGCAGAUCAACUUCUUGGCUCGACUCCUCCUAAUAUCUAAGGAUGGAGUUUUCACACAGUUUGCAGCCUCUGGUGGAGAGGGUAUGAUCACAAUCCUGAAGAGAUCACUGUCCUCAAUGACCUACAGUUCCCUCUGCAUGCCAGAUGACAUUGCUGAGCGUGGGCUGGAGUGUGUGCCAAACUUCUACUACAAAGAUGACGGACUCAGACUUUGGGAUAUCAUCCACAGGUUUGUGCAGGGAGUUCUCAGCUACUACUACAAGACUGACGCUGAGGUCCAGCAAGACUCUGAACUGCAGAAGUGGAUUUUGGACAUUUUCGAACAGGGAUUCCUUUCCAACGCAGACACAGGAAUUCCACAGAGCUUUACCACCGUGGCUGAGUUGAUCCAGUUUGUCACCAUGGCGAUCUUCACAAGCUCAGCACAGCACGCGGCUGUGAAUUCUGGACAGUUUGACUAUGGUGGCUGGAUGCCCAACACUCCCAUCUCCCUGCAACGUCCUCCACCAACCACAAAGGGGACAACAAGCGAGGCCACGAUGCUGCAGACAUUCCCUGCUGUCAACACAACAGUUCAGGGAAUGGCCACCAUGUGGCUACUCAGCAGACAGUCCUCUGACUUCGUCCCUCUUGGCCAUUACCCAGAGGACCAUUUCAACGAGGAGAUUCCCUGCAAGCUGGUGAAGGAUUUUCAAGGAGAGCUUAAAGUGUUAAGUGAAGCCAUAAAAGUCAGAAACAAGAGCCUGGAAGUUCCAUACACAUACAUGGAUCCAACGGAGGUAGAAAAUAGUGUGGCCAUUUGAAAAUCAGGUGGUGUGUCCUCAGCCGUGGGCCAAAUUCAGCUUCAUACUAACAAAAGUGAGAAAGGGAGGAACUGCAUGUUGUUAAUUGAUACUAUGGCAGAAAGAAACUUCUGCAUGUGAUCAUUGUAUGUUGAUCUGUGUCUCUUUUUAUUCAGCAUAAUCGAUUUAACUGGUUGAUAAUCUACAUCUUAAAUCUUUUUCUUGGGCUGUCAAUGAAUAUACAGGGCAUCUUAUCAAACAAGAUUACAAAUGUAAAAUGCAGAAUGUGAAGCGGCUACACUGAAAGGUGUCUUAUAAACACAUGUAUCUUUCAUGAACAAAAUUUGACUUUUUUCUGCAACAGCUAUGCAAUAUGUCUGCAGUGCGUGUGUGUUGCAUAAUAGCCUUGCAUUGAUAAACUGAUCUACAGCUUGAUCAGUAUGUUAGCCUGUUUGUUCUGUGCCAGUGCAAAGCAGUAUUAUAAUUUUUUGUGACAAACAAUAAUAAAAUAUUUAAUACCUAA